GCCGCAGGCAUUCCCGGAGGGAGAGCUUGAACUUGGCUACACAAGGCCACCCGUAAUCGGCUCGGGGGUCCCCGGACGGGAGCCACACCCCGCGACAAGCUGAUCUACCCUCGCUGGUCUGGGACUGCGGGAGGGGCCCCGCCCCCGCGCCUUCGGAGGAGCCCGAGCCUCAGGAUGCGCGGGGACGCGCCGCCGCCCUCCGCGCCCAGUUCCGCAGGCGCUGCCCCGGCGGCUCCCGGGCGCUGAAUCUCCCGGGCUUUUCCGCCCUUCUGGCUCCUGCCCUGCUGGGCGGCCCGGCGGCCCGUCCCUGGACCCCGCCGGGAGCUGCUCCUCUCGCUGUCGCCCAGGCGCGGCGGACAAUAAAUUAAUGCAUCGCGCUUGAGUGGAGGGGGCGGCUGGGCGCCUCAGUGGCAGCUUUCUCGCUUGACUGGAGACGGCCACAAUCGACAUGGGCUGUUUCUGCGCUGUUCCGGAAGAAUUUUACUGCGAAGUUUUGCUCCUGGAUGAGUCCAAGUUAACCCUUACCACCCAGCAGCAGGGCAUCAAGAAGUCAACGAAAGGUUCCAUUGUCCUUGACCACGUAUUCCAUCACGUAAACCUUGUGGAGAUAGAUUAUUUUGGGCUACGUUACUGUGACAGAAGCCAUCAGACGUAUUGGCUGGAUCCUGCAAAAACUCUUGCUGAGCACAAAGAACUGAUCAACACUGGACCUCCAUAUACUUUGUAUUUUGGUAUUAAAUUCUAUGCUGAAGAUCCAUGUAAACUCAAAGAAGAAAUAACCAGAUAUCAGUUUUUCUUGCAGGUGAAACAAGAUGUCCUUCAGGGCCGCCUGCCCUGCCCCGUCAAAACUGCCGCUCAGCUGGGAGCGUAUGCCAUCCAGUCGGAGCUUGGAGAUUAUGACCCAUAUAAACAUACUACAGGAUAUGUAUCUGAGUACCGGUUUGUUCCUGACCAGAAGGAAGAACUUGAAGAAGCCGUAGAAAGGAUUCAUAAAACUCUAAUGGGUCAGGCUCCUUCUGAGGCUGAGCUGAAUUACUUGAGGACUGCCAAAUCCCUGGAGAUGUAUGGCGUUGACCUCCAUCCCGUCUAUGGAGAAAACAAGUCUGAGUAUUUCUUAGGAUUAACUCCAGUUGGUGUUGUUGUCUACAAGAAUAAAAAGCAAGUGGGGAAGUAUUUCUGGCCUCGGAUUACAAAGGUUCACUUCAAGGAGACUCAGUUUGAACUCAGAGUACUGGGAAAAGAUUGUAAUGAAACCUCAUUCUUUUUUGAAGCUCGGAGUAAAACUGCUUGCAAGCAUCUCUGGAAGUGCAGUGUGGAACAUCAUACAUUUUUUAGAAUGCCAGAAAAUGAAUCUAAUUCACUGUCAAGAAAACUCAGCAAGUUUGGAUCCAUACGUUAUAAGCACCGCUACAGUGGCAGGACAGCUUUGCAAAUGAGCCGAGAUCUUUCUAUUCAGCUUCCCCGGCCUGAUCAGAAUGUGACGAGAAGUCGAAGCAAGACUUACCCUAAGCGAAUAGCACAAACACAGCCAACUGGAUCAAACAGCAUCAGUAGGAUAACUACAAACAUGGAAAAUGGAGAAAAUGAAGGAACAACUAAAAUUAUUGCACCUUCACCAGUAAAAAGCUUUAAGAAAGCAAAGAAUGAAAAUAGCCCUGAUACCCAAAGAAGCAAAUCUCAUGCACCGUGGGAAGAAAAUGGCCCCCAGAGUGGACUCUACAAUUCUCCCAGUGACCGCACUAAGUCACCAAAGUUCCCUUACACACGUCGCCGAAACCCCUCCUGUGGAAGUGACAAUGACUCUGUACAGCCUAUGAGGAGGAGGAAAGCCCAUAACAGUGGUGAAGAUUCAGAUCUAAAGCAGAGGAGGAGGUCACGUUCACGCUGUAACACAAGCAGUGGUAGUGAAUCGGAAAAUUCUAAUAGAGAACACCGGAAAAAGAGAAACAGAAUACGGCAGGAGAAUGAUAUGAUUGAUUCAGCACCUCAGUGGGAAGCUGUAUUAAGGAGACAAAAGGAAAAAAACCAAGCCGACCCCAACAACAGGCGAUCCAGACACAGAUCUCGUUCGAGAAGCCCCGAUAUCCAAGCAAAAGAAGAGUUAUGGAAACACAUUCAAAAGGAACUUGUGGAUCCAUCCGGAUUGUCAGAAGAACAAUUAAAAGAGAUUCCGUACACUAAAAUAGAGACACAAGGUGACCCAGUCCGCAUCAGGCAUUCUCAUUCGCCACGAAGUUACCGGCAGUAUCGCCGGUCCCAGUGUUCAGAUGGGGAGCGAUCAGUUCUCUCGGAAAUGAAUUCAAAAAUAGAUCUUGUACCACCGCUUCCGGUGACUCGUUCUUCAGAUGCUCAGGGUUCUGGGGACGCUACAGUUCAUCAGAGAAGAAAUGGGUCUAAAGAUAGCCUGAUGGAAGAAAAACCUCAGACAUCUCCAAACAACCUGGCUGGAAAACACACAGCAAAAACAAUAAAAACUAUCCAAGCUUCCCGCCUCAAGACAGAGACUUGAUCCUGAUGAAGGGUCAAGGGUAGGGGUGGGAAGGUUGUGUGCACCACUGGUACUUUUGAAACUGUGAAAUAGAUACCUUGAUUCAAAUCUCAGACCUGCGAGUAUUUCAGCAUAAGAAAAUAUGUUCUUUUGCUUUUUUUCUUUUUGAGAUGUUAUCACUCUGUCACCCAGGCUGGAGUGCAGCAGCACCAUGUCAGCUCACCACAACCUCCACUUCCUGGGUUUAAGCGAUUUUCCUGCCUCACAGGCGUGCGCCACAAUACGUGGCUCUUUCUGUAUUUUUAAUAGAGACAGUGUUUCACCAUGUUGGGGGCUGGUCUCAAACUCCUGACCUCAAGUGACUGGCCUGCCUCAGCCUCCCAAAGUGCUGGGAUUAUAGGCAUGGUUUAACUACAGCACAGUCGUGCUGAAGCACCUUUUUGUUUGAACUGGAAGAAUAAGUAUUUUGUAAAAAUUCACUUGAAACCACAUUUUCGUUUCUGGAACAGGAUAGCAAUCAUUCAUUUCUGACUGUGUUGUGUCUGUGUCCACUACAACCAAGACCAGAUGCAUCUGAUGAACGUUCUGGAAAUCUGAACUGCAACUAGCCUGCUGUGCAAUAGUACAAGUGGGAGGACGUCUUCCCAGCUCUGGGUUGGUUCUCAAGUAGCGCCCAGAUGCAAAAGGACUGAGGCAUCACUUUCAGACUGCAGAUAUUUUUAUUCAUAUAGUUCUUUAUAAUACUGUAUUUUGUGGUGUUAAGUUCCACCAGUUAUUUACAAAUGAUGUAAAAAGCUUUAAGUGUUAAUUUCUAAAGUGUUCUUGUCUUGUGUUUUCAGAAGUCUAUGUGGAUUUCAGUUGAUCCCUCACCCCAAACCUCAAAUGAUCCAUCCACCCUGCUUGGCCAUCUAACUCACCGGCUCUCCCCAAUGACUAUUUUGGACCUUUCCUCUCCAUAGAUGACUUUGCAGUCUAUGGGGAAAAUACGCAGGAUGUCUUAUAUCUCCCCCUUACCACAUACAGUUCUCUCCACAGCUGCCAGCAGCCCUAACCCUUUUCUCUCUCCACCUGUGCUUUGGAUGCUCUCUCCCAGCCUUUUCAGGAUCUUUGUAUCUCCUCCUCCUAUAUUAAUGUAUUCAAUCAUUCAGCUAAAUCCUUGCUACUUGGUUUUAAAUUUAAAACUAAGACUAAAGAAAACUAUCUUUCAUAACCACAACCCCCCACCCUCUAGCAACUAUGAUUUUCCUCUCAUUCUCAGCCAAUCUUCAUGCAAGGAGUUAUCUUUAGUCAUUGCCCUCAAUUCAACUAAUCCAUAUCUUAAGUGAUUAAUAUCAAUCACUGUGUCACUUAAUCCCAGGGAGAAUUUUUAGGACAUUCUUUUGCUUCUUUAAUGUAAUCCUAUUUUGCUCCUGCCACACACUGACCACCCUUUCUAGCUUAUCAUGCUUUACCUUGCCAUUAGUGGAGUUUCUCUAACUUCAGACCCUAGGCCCUCUUCCUAGUCUACCCCGGGUAGAUCUCAUUUAUCCCCAUGGCCUUAAGGUUUAUUUCUGUAGUUUAGACUACUGAGUAAUGUGCUACUGCAAAAAGACCAUUUGGAUUUCUCAAAAGUAAUUUAAGAAUUCAACUGUUUAAAUGCUGCUCCCCAGCUGGAUCUAGAGUCAUUAUGCUCAUCAGUGUGCAAGCUCGACACCUAGCAGUUAUGGACAGACACCUCCACUAUUACCAAGUCUAGUUGGCUCUGUCAUCAAACUAUAAACAAUUUUAUUUCACUAAUUUUACUAGAGCAAGAUGGUCUCUCGCCUAGACAACAAUAAGCAACCUAGUUCAACUACCCUUUUUUUGCAAAUCUGAUUUUCCACCAUGGACUUAUCUUGCUUUAAUAAAGCCAGAGGGAGCCUGAAGUGGUGCGUCUGGCUUCUUUACCUACCUCUUCAGCCUCAUUUUGUAACACUCCCACCUCCCAUAAUAGCCAUCUUACAUGCCUCAGUAAACAACUCAAUUCUGAAACAAGGCACUGAAGAGGGAAAGCAGCCAAAACUGUCACAAAAGUAAGUGGACUUAUGGUAUCUUUUUUUCUAGCCCAAGCCUCUGCAUGUCAUUCCCCCAAUUUUGCCUUGUGAAAAAUAUGACACAUACCUUUGGUCUCAACUCUUUCUCAGGUUUCCCCAAGAAAAUCCUAUCAUGGAACUCAUCUCAUAGUGAAGUUUUACAUGUGAUGACAUUCCCUCCACUCAGCUAUGUUUCCAAAGGGAAGAACUGUGUUGUGCUCAUCAUCGUGUUCUUAGCUCCUAGUACAGUGCUUUCAAUAAAUUUUUUGAAUACCUGAAUACA